UCAAAACUGUCAUCAUCGUUUGUCGGUAUUUUCUAAAAAGAUUGAAUUUGUUAAUUUAAUUAUAUAUUUUGAAAAAUAAAUUCAAAAUGGCUCGUCGAUAUGAUACGAGAACUACAAUAUUCUCUCCAGAAGGACGUUUAUAUCAAGUGGAGUAUGCAAUGGAAGCUAUUAGUCAUGCUGGUACUUGUCUAGGGAUUUUAGCCAAUGAUGGAAUCGUUUUAGCGGCUGAAAGACGGAAUACAAAUAAAUUAUUAGAUGAAGUAUUCUUUUCUGAGAAAAUUUAUAAAUUAAAUGACGACAUGGUAUGCAGUGUUGCCGGAAUAACAUCUGACGCUAACGUACUCACUAAUGAAUUACGAUUGAUUGGUCAAAGAUAUUUACUACAGUAUGGUGAAUCAAUUCCAUGCGAACAACUUGUAUCUUGGUUAUGUGACGUGAAACAAGCUUAUACACAAUAUGGAGGCAAACGACCUUUUGGUGUGUCAAUUUUAUAUAUGGGCUGGGAUAAGCAUUACGGAUAUCAAUUAUAUCAAUCAGACCCAAGUGGAAAUUACAGUGGUUGGAAAGCAACUUGUAUUGGUAAUAAUAGCGCUGCUGCAGUAUCAAGUUUAAAACAAGAAUACAAAGAAGGUGAAACAACCCUUGAAGAUGGCAAAGCCUUGGCUAUUAAAGUUUUAAGUAAAACUUUAGACAUGACUAAACUUACAGCAGAGAAAGUGGAAAUGGCUACAUUAACACGAGUAGAUGGUAAAACUGUUAUUAAUAUUUUAAACAGUAAAGAAGUGGAAGCUUUAAUUGCAAAAUUCGAAGCUCAGGAAGCUGAAAAUGAAGCUGCUAAAAAGGAAAAGCAACAGCAACAACAAGCACAAUAAUUUUGAUUUAUAAUUUUAUUGUAUAAUUUUUAAUUUUUCAUAAAUAA